AUGGGUGAGCUCCUCGCAAAUCAAUUAGUUGUCUACCUUUCGGAGCCUUACAACGGCACACUGAUCAGUGACAACUGCUACAACUCAAUCACUCUCGAAGUGCUAACCCCAAAAGGGCCCAUGAACAUCUACAACUGCAUCAUGCUCUCAAUCAAUGACCACCCAUAUCUGCGCCGAUGGUACAUACCAUCAAGGGAGUACCGGCGACUGAAUCCCUAUGUUGAAGAAGACCAGGUAUGGGUUGGCUUUAACAUGGAUUACGGUAUGUACGAGAAGCCCACAGAGCGGGAUUGGCUCACAACACUAAAGCAUGCCAUCGAACAGGGGCGCUUUCUUACAACCAAGGAUCCAAAGCGUGAUAGUAGACACAGUCGGACGUUCUGGAUGCAGAUGCGAGGCUACUUCAAGUAUGAUGACCAAGGAAUUAUCAAAAUUGCAGUAGAGAGACAUGUUGAUUUGCUGAAUCAGCUUAUACAUCACAAAAUUGUAACUAUUCAGAAUGAGAGGAUCCUCUCUCUCUUCACAAUGUACGAAUGA